AUGCAAACAAGUUCAGCAACUGAGCGGCUAUUAAAGCGAGAUGGCUCUUUCUAUCUAACAAAGGUAUUUGGCAUUGAUGACAUGCCAUGUUUUUCGGUGACACCUUCCGAUAAUGUACACCUUAUCACGAACAAGUUCGUACAAGCAGAAAAAACUAGAAUUGUAGCGUUAAAAUAAAAGGACAAAUUUUGUCAUGACAAAUUUUUGUUUCGUCUGCUACAUCCGCACUAAAAAUUUUAAAGCCGGCAAAUUCCGUCAGCGGCCGAUCUAUUCAUAAGACCAGACAGCAUAGUUUGCCAAGGGGUUUCACCCCCAAUCUGCGCUUGUAAAAUGUUCAUGAUGAUUGAAAAUUUGCCAAAAUAAACAAUUUUUUCGCUAGUGCGGAAUGGCCUUAAUCCUCUUUCCUAGCUGCAGUACGGAGAUUUUUUGACAACGAUAAGGAUAACUACUACGAUCAUUUCAUAAAACAAGAACACCGCAAACUUUUUGACUUAGCUCAUCAGAUCUACGUAAGAGACUUGGUCGGAAGUUUAAAGUAAUUUGCGCUUCAGCAGGAAAAAAGCUGAAACAUGAGAGGACAUUUGUGGAGGGACGCGAAUGAAUUGAGAUGAGACCUUAUAAGAAAUGUUAAGACGACAAGACCCGCAGAAGCUCGUCUUAGCAUCAAGAUCAUAAUUUAAAACUUUAUGAAACGUUCAGUUUUAAGCAGAAGCCACUUACAACUGAAAUAAGACCACAGUCGCCCGGUCAACCUUCAACAAUUUCGUACAUAUGCGCAUGACACAAAGUACGGAUACUAACUAUAAAUGUCUUGUUUAACUCCAAUUCAGGUCCACCUUGCAGAAAGAGCUGAUUCACCCCGAGGUGAGAGUUACGAAUUCAGUAUUAUUAACGUAAGUAACCCGAGCGCUAAUGUAAAUUACUACCCAUAGCUAUUGGAUAAAUCUUGAUGCACCAAGAUAAACUUGGAUGUUUUAUAAUUUUCAAUUUCUUCAUUUCCACCACGUUUUGGUGUCCUCCAUGUUCUUCCCCUCUUCCAUUAUCCUUCCUGGCCUAUUGCUGCCAAUUUUAGUUGUUGUUUUUUUGCACUGAAUACUUUUUCCUUAAUUUCUAUUGUCAUUAAAAUAUAACACAAAAAUUGGGACACUUAUACAACUACUUAGAAAGGUUUCGAAUGUCCUAGUAGUCGUACGUUCACCUAUUUGAUCAUUUAUUUACGAGGUUAAUAUUGAGGAAAUGAUUGAGUUUGAAUCCUAAUUGUGUGAGACAGCUCAACGGAAUUUAAAAAAAAAAAAUAGGAAAGAAAAAAUCCAAGUUAGAACGCAUGCCAAGAAACAUUGGGCCGGUGUUUAAGUCUAGAUCCUUUUAACUUGCUCAGUAACAUAAUAUUGGUUCUUGUUUGAUGCUCGUGACUGAAUUUAGGUCGCCAGCUCUAUUUUCCCUUACAUGGCUUUAGCACACGCAAAAGAUACUUUACUAGACUCACUUUCAAUUUUCAACUCUAUGGCUAUAGAGCAAAACACUUCUCUACCCGCUGGUUCUAACCAGCACUCAGCAGUAACCUCGUGCCAGACUCUCCUCAAACAGUCUCCCGCUACGUCCACGGGUGUUUAUUGGAUCGAUCCUGAUGGAGGAUCCAAGGCCAACGCUUUCAAGGCUUACUGUGACAUGGAUACGAAUGGAGGGGGCUGGACAUUAGUAUGGAGCUAUUCCUUUACUAACUACACUCAUUUUAACGAUGAUUCAAAUGCGAUUACUCCAAGGCCAAACUGGCCGGUCAAAAUUAAAGGGAAUGUUCCAAUUUCCACAAUUUCUCCAUUAAAUGACACAGACUACAAUGCCAUGAACUUCUCACUCUGGAAAACACUCGGUAGACAGAUCCUCAUCAAGAGCAACAUAAACAACUGGCUGGUGUGUCAACCGGUAACUGGCAGCCUGGUUGAUUGGCAGAAAGGUGACAUCAACUGUACAAUCACAAAAUACGUGGCUGACCGUGGAGAAUCAGCUUCGGCGCCUUCCAAGUUUUCACCAAAUAUCAACUAUGGACCAAUGUUCCAUUCGAAAGGGCGCUGGAACAGCUCCUUUUAUUAUUUUAAUAGUUACACUGGCAAAUAUUGGCCUACCCAUGAUCCUAGUGGAAAAAAUAGGCCAAACCAAAAGAAAAAUGUUCUUGAUCCACACGGUAACAUUUAUAUUCGAGCCGAGUAGCAAAGACAGACAAUGAGAAAUCUUUACGCACGUAUCUUCUAGAGCUGCUUAACUUAUCUGCACAAAAUCAUUACAUUACCUAGAAAAAGUGUGACGAGAAUCAUCUAGAGGACCUUGAGGGUAUUAAACUGAUAGAACUCUAAAUUCUUCUAUCGUAAUUACUGAGAAAACCCCAUCGGAAGAGAGAAUUUUGGAUCAGAUCUUGGAGGCUGAAGGUUCAAGCUUGGUUCACUCUCGUAAGUUGACAGCAAGCAAGACACCAGUUACGCUCAUCAUGUGAGGUCGGGGGAUUAUCUUUCAGAAUUUUACUUUCCCAUGGAACUUUCGAUAAUUCAAAUCACUUCGCGAAACUUUGACUUGAUUAGGUGCUAGUUUCUUCUUUGUUGUUGUACAACAAAAUUUAAGCUCUCAUGUUUUUAAUCAUGACUACUUUUACCGCUGAUGUUUACAAAACUCGUACCAACCACUAAACCAGAUAGUGCAAUCAGCUAGAGCAAUUUUUAGAAUAAAAUGAAUAAAUAAGAUUCAUUUAAGGAAGCCUGGAUCAAUUACCCCAUUAAAUAAUUGUCGCCACAGUUUUUUUUCAUAUUUCUAUGGAAAGGCCAGGAGUAAUGAGUGAUGAGUAACGAGUUGAGUAAUGAGCAUUAAUUGAUAGUAAAAACAUAUAACGAAGUUUGAAAAUGGUAUUCUACGUGGAAACUUAGUUUGUCUUUAAGGCUAAUUACCUUCGAAAUGCUAAUAAAAACAACUUGUAUUCCAUGUUAAGACCAUAGUGUGGUACGUUUUUCUUGAUGAUGAAAAUGCUUUUCAAAGUGAAAAGGCUGACUCUAUAUUGACUUGCGCUCGAAUGUAUAGGAGAUUCGAGUCCGUGCGAUUACAAAGGAGUGGAGUGAGAGCCGGGUGUUUUGGGUAGUUUUAUGCAAUGGCAAUUUUUUAUACAACUUGUUCAUGUUUCAAUUUAGUUUUCACUGUCCUUUUCAUUAAGUAGGAAUUAAAAUUUUUCUCAUGUCCGUGAUGUCACACAGCCACUGUAACCUGAUCGAUAAAAGAUCCUUAAAAGAUAGGAGUCGGCAUGUUUUAUCGAGUCCGUUUUGUAAUUAUGUUUAUUUUACAUUUGUAUCAAUACAUUUUCAAGUCUCGGUUGCCUCAAAAAAUACUUCUCUUUUCAUGUUGUGCCCGUCUACUCUGAAUCAGAUUACUUAAUCUUAAGUUGAUGAGGAUCAGGUAAUCAGGGCAAACAUUUUGAAAAAGUGAUCAGAGACAAGACUUCUUUUUCUUCGUCUUUUUAAUCGAAAUGAAUACCUACUUUUUUUCAAAUAAAUGUACAAAUUUAAGCGUAGCUUGCAAACUAUGAAUAUGAGUGAAAGUUUCUUACUCACGCGAAAGGCUGCCUGUUUUUGGCUCACUUAAUAGGUUACCUUUCAAGGAGUCUCUAGUCCACAAGGUAUGUGAUUUUUUUUACAGCAAAUUUUUCCUUACACAAAGCUCAGUUCAUGGAGGUUCACACUGGACUUCGUCAUUUUUAAGUCACCAACUCCUCAAACGAAUGAUACUGUCACACCUUUUGGCGUGGUCGGUAGAAUGUGUUUUCAAAAAAUACCUAUUCCGUCUCUAAAUGUCACAUUUAACACAACAGCCCUACAAAAACAACUCUUUUUUUAGGUUUAUGUGUCUGUAACUUAAAGCAGAGGUCGAUAACCAUAUUCUUUGAUCAUAGGAAAGAACACGCCAGCACCCCGUGGAUUAACCCAGCAUUCAGCAUUCCCAUCGUGCAAGACUCUCCUCGACCAAUCUCUCCCUCCCUCCACAGGUAUUUAUUGGAUUAAUCCUGAAGGUGUGUCUCAGUCCAACGCUUUCAAGGUUCAUUGUGACAUGGAAGACCAGUGAUGGGGAUUGGACUCUAGUAUUGAGUUAUUCCUUUACUAAAUACAGCCACUUUCGUGAUCGCUCAAAUGCGAUCACUCCAAGAACAAACUGGCCUGUUUGGUUUGAUAGGUAUAGGCAUGUUCCUGUCUCCACAACCCCUUCAUUAAAUGAAACAGACUACAACGCCGUGAACUUCUCACUCAGGAAAAACUCGGCAGACAGAUCCUCAUCAAGAGCAACACAAACAACUGGCUGGUGUGUGAUCCGAGAAAUGGCAGCGUGGUAGAUUGGCAGGAAGGUGAUAUCAACUGUUCGAUCACCAAACACGUGACUGGCCCAAGUCACGAGUUUGUCCCAUCAAGGUUUUCAUCGAAUCAAAACAAUAGCUAUGGGCCGCUGCUUUGCAUGACCAAACGCUAUAACAGCACUAACUAUUAUUUUGAUGGCCACACUGAAAACCAUAGGCCUACCCAUGAUCCUCUUAGAGGAAAUAGUCCUAACCAAAAGAAAAAUGUUGCAAAUCCACAUGCUAACAUUUUCAUUCGAGUCGAGUAGGAAAGACAGGUUUUAACAAAUUUCUACUCAAAUAACUUCAGAAGUAAUUAACUUCUCCUCACAAUAUCAAUACCAUAUCCACCAGAAAAGUAAUUAAAAUGAACGAACUUAUCAGCAAAAGGGUAUCAUUUUGAUAUUUCUCUUUAUUCUUUAAACUACUUUACUGUACAAGAGGACAGAAGCCAAAAAUGAGAAAUUUGAAUCACAUCUUGGAGGCUUGAGUGAUGGGAUGAUGGCCCCACAUCUGCUAAGGGAAUUUUAUGCAAAGUUACUUUUUCUACUUUACUACUUUAAAAUUUCACCCAACAAAUCCCAAGGCUAUGGACCGCCAUUCUCUCGGAGUAUGCGCUGAAUUUGGUCUUACUUUUAAUUUGAUAGUUGCUCUGGAGAUUAUUGGCUUAUACGUGAUCCUAGUGGAAGAGUCGAGCCCAAGCAAGUGAAAAAUGAUUGUUUGAUCUUGAAAAAAUUAUCAAACAUGAAUUAAUUUAUGUAAAAAAUAAUAAUGAUAAUGAUAAUGAUAAGGAAUUUAUAUAGUGCUCAAACUUUAAACAAUAUUCAGAAGCACUUUACAUAAGUUAAAGUUCUAUACUAAUUAAAAUUUAAAUAUUCAAAGGCAAUAAACAUUAGAUCUAUCAAAACAAACUAAAAGCUUUCCUAAAUAGAAAUGUUUUAAGUUGCUUUUUAAAAACGGUAAGGCUACUACUUGUAGCCUACUACUACUUGUAAGAAAUAAAAGGAAAAAUAUCAGUUUGAAAGGACUGGUUAACAAAUAACAUAUUAAUAAAUAUUUUCUACAAAUACAGGCCUACCUUUCCAUUUGCGCUCAAAAAAGUGCUUUUUCUUUGCCAGGUGUUUCAAACAUAAAAGAUGUGUUUUCAUGUCCAGUUUUAAUUUAAUCUCCCACCAACUAUUUUUAUUUUCAACUUUGCAUUUUAAAUUAUUUUCUUCUUCACUGAACUGUUUCAUAAAAGAGCUGACAGCAACCUUUCUGGUAUUUCCAUAUUCUUUUUACCUAGAAGUCGCGAUAAUUGCAUUAUAAACCUGCAGGACUUGUGUUUUCAUUUAAAUGUCAAAACGAACUGUGGGGUAAUUGGAAACGUAUUGCUAAGAAAACAAAAGGUCAAAGCAGUAUUAUUAUACUUAAAUAGAAAAAUAGACUUUCAGACGAAGAUCACGGAAUGAAUAACUACAAUUGGUGCUAACGGUGCAAACUUAUUCACAAAGGUUUGAGCGGGUCGCGCGGUGUUUUCGAUUAAAAUCAAUGGGUGGGUUAAAAAAUUUCUCUCCUUUUCUGUCUUGUCAGACUAUUUUGUCUAUAGGCAGGUAAUUUAUAUGUUCCUUACAUUUACUAAUCAUAAGUUUGUCCUUAGAUUCUCUCGAAAGAUGUUUCUGCAAGUCGAGUACCUGUUUGUAGUCGUCUUGUUCUCGGCGGCAAAGACAACUGAAGGAGCCGAAAAUGGCGUUUUCUUUCAAAUCAAAGAAAACGCUUUUUUCAGCUACAGAGAAGAAGGCCUCUUUUGGUCUGGAAAAACUGAUUAUUUGCUUUCCUGUUCGGUUUUGUGUGCGAGACAAGCUUCGUGCAGAAGUGCAAACUUUCUGGGAAACCCAAGACUUUGUUACCUUCUUCGCGGCGAAAUGCAAACAAGUUCAGGAACUGGGCGACUUUUACAGCGAGAUGGCUCUUUCUAUCUGA